AUGGUCAAGGCAAAUAUACUUGAAACUGAGACACUGGAGGACAUGAGUGAGGUUUACACCACCAACACAAUUGGGCCCCUGCUAAUGGCCCAGGCAUUUCUGCCCUUGCUGAAGAAGGCUGCCCAGGGGAGCCCAGGCUCAGGGCUCAGCUGCAGCAAGGCUGCCAUUGUCAACAUAUCCAGCAUUGCUGGCUCCAUCUCUUCUUUCUUUGGAUGGGACAUAGUUCAAGGCACCUCAUAUCGCUGCAGCAAGGCUGCUCUGAACAUGCUGAGCAAGUGCCAGUCCCUGGCAUACAAGGAGCACGGCAUCCUCUGCGUCGCUCUCCACCCCGGCUGGGUGCAAACCGACUUGGGCGCUGCUGCCGGACACCCGCCCCCUACGACAGUGGAUGACAGCGUGCAAGGGAUGCUGAAGGUCCUCUCCACCCUCUCUGAGAAGGAGACCGGCACCUUCCUGGACUGGGAAGGAAAUGUCAUACCCUGGUGA